CUAGUUAAAAAUCCUCUUUAUAAACCUCUUUAUUGUAAUGUUUAGUCCAUCUUUCCUAAAGCUGAGGCAGGUCAGGUCCAGAGCCAAGCAGUGUGGGUUUGAGUUGGACAACUUUGUUUUUAGUCUUUCAGAUGUGCUUCCAUUUGAUCUGACUUCAACUCACGACAUUGCAUUUAUUUUUUUAACGGAUCAAACUUUUCUCUUAAACUGCAGAAUCACAUCAGGACUUUGAUGACGGACAGUUUGGAAUUCACGAUGGGGUGAAAUGUGUCGACUCGGGGUGGCUGACAUGCCAGACAGACAUUCGCCUGCGUUUGCACUAUUCCAAGAGGCCUCCGGUGUCCAUCACUAAGAAGAAGUUCAAGAAGUCCCGCUUCAGGAUCAAGCUGACACUCGAAGGCUUUGAGGAAGAGGAGGAGGAAGAAGAGGAGCCCACCCCUUCAUCUUGGCACAAGAUGACUCCCACUCUCGGGAUCAGUAUGAUCAAUGCUAUCGGCUACAAGUCGAGACACUCCCAGCCAGAGUGUGGCUACGCCCUGGAGCCCACGCAGUGGACUGAGUACAGUAUCCACACCAUGGACCCCGACAACCUGGAGCUCACCUUUGAGUUCUUUGAGGAGGAUCUGAGUGAGCAUGUAGUCCAAGGGGACAUCCAUCCUGGUCACGUGGGGACAGCCUGCCUCCUCUCCUCUUCGUUUUUCGAGAGCGGCAAGGACUUGGGAGUUGUCACGCUUCCCAUAAUGGGACGAAACUCCAGGCAGACGAUCGGGAAAGUGAGAGUGGAUUAUAUGGUGAUCCGCCCCAUCCCGGGGCUCCAGUGCGACAUGAGCUCAUCCUACACGAAACAUUGGAAGAAAAGGAGCACCGUAGAUGUGGGUCACAGAGGAGCGGGCAGCACACAUGCUGCCAAACACUACAAAGUGCGGGAGAACACAGUAGCCUCGUUCACAAGUGCUGCUAUGCACGGUGCAGCUUUUGUGGAGUUCGACGUUCACCUCUCCAAGGACGAAGUACCAGUUGUUUACCACGACCUGACCUGCUGCAUUUCCACCAAAAAGAAAAAAGACGAGAAGCUGGAGCUGAUCGAGGUUCCAGUUAAAGAUCUGACAUUUGAUCAGCUGCAGCUUUUAAAGCUGGCCCAUGUCACCGCAAUGAAAGGAAGUGAUCACAAAGAUCUUCUGGAAGAUGAAGAUGAAGUGGAUGAACACCAGCCAUUCCCCUCACUGCCACAGAUUUUCCAAGCUGUUCCUGAACACGUCGGCUUCAAUAUCGAACUGAAGUGGAUCAGUCAGAUGAAGGAUGGAUCGUGGGACGGAAACUUGUCCACCUACUUUGACAUGAACUCCUUCCUGGACAUCAUCCUUGGCUGCGUUCUACAGAAAGGCGGAAAAAGACGGAUUAUCUUCUCAUGUUUCGACCCAGAUAUCUGCACCAUGGUUCGUCACAAGCAGAACAAGUACCCCAUCCUUUUCCUGACUCAGGGGAUUUCAGUCAGGUAUCCGGAGCUGAUGGACAUUCGCUGCCAGUCCACUCAGAUCGCCAUCAGCUUCGCUCAGAGCGAAAACAUUCUGGGAAUCAGCGCCCACACAGAGGAGCUGCUGAAGCACCUGGAUUACAUCAGGGAAGCUCAGUCUAAAGGCCUGGUGGUGUUCAGCUGGGGGGACGACAACAACGACCACGACACCCGGAGGAGCCUGCGGGCCCGGGGAAUCGACGGGCUCAUUUACGACAGAAUUUGUGAAAGCGUGCUCCCGUAUUUUGACUCGAGUUCUUCAGACUCCUCAUUUGUGAGGCCCAAGCAGAGCAGCCAAACAUCUUCCAGGUAGAGGAGCAGCACAGCCUGCAGGAAGUCAUCACAGAGGAGACCUUGAAGAGCUCCUCCUGCUCCUGCUACUCCAUCCCCUGCUCAUUGGUACCCUGCGCCGCCUCGCAGGCUCACGUUGGAAGUGCCGAAUCCGAUUCUGGCCUUAGCUCUUCAUAAAAUAAUCCCUCAGCUUCUACCUUCAUGAACAGUUUAUUAAACACACACACACACGCACACGGACCUAGGUAGGAUUUAGAAGAUUAAGUGGAAGCUUCUGCGCACUCAGAUAAAUGCCAAAAAAAGAUUUCUGUCUAUAUUUUUUUAAGUUGACCAGGAUGAUCAGGUGUUCCUUUUGGCAUCAGACGUAAAACCGCGUAGACCAUCUCCUCUCUCUUUCAUGUGGAUUUUAUUAAACCCUCAGAGGUUUUUUAUUUAUGCUUUUUAUUUAUAGUUGGAUUUUUAUGAAUUUAUGGAGAAAGAAGCCAUGCCAAACUUCAUUUCUCACACACCAGGACGGAGGUCUUUACAUGCUGGUGAAUUGGGAUAUUGCACAUUAGAGCGCAGGUUGAUGUUGCGUCGAAGUGAAACUUGAUAUUUUAUGGGUGAUGACUGAACUAUGGUGGUGCGGGAUUACAUUCUCUGCUAUGUAGCUGUGUGUUUGUGUUACCUGAUGUUCUCAAGUACCAAUCUGAUGCUGUUUCCUGAGGAAUUCUGGGUAAGAAUUGCUUUCUACAAACGGCGUGUGCAACUAGACGACGGUGCAGGUUUUACUUCCUGCUGGACCAACUUAACGCACUUCGAAACCACAUCAAUGAUUAGGUCCUCCUAAUGAGGAGGUUUAGUUGACUGCACUUGCAUCGACUUUUCUUGCCUUUGAGACUGUUUAUUGAUUAGCAUAUUAUUAUUAUUAGCUAUUAUGUCUUACACAAUUCAAACUGUACUGUAUAAUGUAGCUUACAUGUACCCAAUUAGAGGAAAAUAAUGGUUUAUUUGCACUCAGACCACAGCCUUAAAGGGUCAAUUUAAUUAUUUUGGUUUGUUUCUGCUUAAGGCCUUUGUGUUCAUCAGUAAAAAAUAAGACUCAGUCUUUAAACCAGUUUAAUUCUACAACACCACACAGACUGGUGCCACAUGAAUUCAGCAGUGAUGUCUGAAUCUGACUUUGCUGUGAGUUUUCUGUAUAUAUGUGUACAUACUAACACAAGUUGUUAAUAAAACCAACUCAUUA